UCGUCUCAUUGACGUCGGCUAAUAGAGCACAAAAACGUGCAUCUUUUGUUGAUAUUUUAUUUUUUCAAUUUUUCCUGCCGCGAACUAUGUGUCAACUUUCAGCUUCCGGGUUCAGGACGUUAUUGCUUAGAACGGACCAGAGAAGCGGUUUCCAACUAUAGAGCGAGAUGAUUUUCUAAUGUGCUUUUAUUUUUGUUGUGAUAAUUAUUGAGUUCAUGUUCGCUCAUAAUUUUCUAAGUCCAUACAUGUGGCCAGUGCUUUAUUCUUUGCCGAAUUUACCCGUAAUAACUUAGGGUUAGGCUAAUAUGUGUCAAAAACCUUUAGCUUCGGAUGAACUUACAUUCAACGCCGAAAUGUGCAUCUUGGCUGCAGGAACUUCUACAACAUAUUUUUGAGAGACUUCGCUCCCGUUUGGAACAUGUUCUUCAACGCUUACCCCUAGAUCUGGACUUCUUAGACUUCAUUUGCACUCAAGAACAUGUAUUUUUAAAUGCUUUGUCUAGUCAGUUAACAGUCUGUCCUGCUAUUUUAGAGGAACUGACACAUCUGCAAGGACUUAUUAGUACUGAAAAAGAAAGAACAAACAGUUGCAUUGCUGUUGUGCAAUGGGAGCAGGGUCCAGCUGGGCGACAACGAAUGGCGCUAUCCUCAGACUACCUUUGUAGCCUUCUGGAACUUAAUCUUCCGGUCACAUGCAUAGCCAAACUCUUGGGUAUGUCCAGAAGAACAGUUUACAGACGUAUGAAUGAAUCUGAUCUUUCAGUGAAAGGACUAUAUAGCACCAUGUCAGAUGAAGACUUGGAUCAGUGUGUCAGAGAAAUAAAAUCCAGGCAGCCUAAUUCUGGGUAUCGAAUGAUGAAGGCUCUGCUGCAAGCCCAAGGACAUAGAGUGCAGUACAACAGAGUCAGAGCAUCCAUGCAUCGUGUAGACACUUCAGGUGUCCUGUCACGUAUGGUCCAUCUAGGAUGCAUUGCUCGACGAACGUACUCUGUUCCAGGCCCCAUGUCCUUGAUACACAUAGAUACCAACCACAAACUAAUACGCUACAGCAUUGUCAUUUUUGGUGGCAUUGAUGGUUUUUCACGCAAAAUAAUGUAUCUUGGUACAGCAUCCAACAAUCUGGCAGCAACUACACUAUCUUUCUUCCAAAGGGCAGUUGAAAAGUUUGGUUUUCCUCUGAGGGUACGUGCUGAUCACGGGGGAGAAAACGUAGACGUUGCACAACUUAUGUUUACGGUCCGUGGCACUGGAAGAAGCAGCUUCAUUUCUGGAAAAAGUGUUCACAACCAAAGGAUUGAGCGGCUCUGGAGAGAUCUGUGGGUUGCUGUGACCAGCACAUACUACAACGUUCUCCACCACCUUGAAGAAGAGGGAUUCCUCAGCAUUGCCAGUGUUCAACACCUCUUCUGCUGCCACUAUGUAUUUUUUACCACGUAUACAGGAGGACCUGGACACUUUCUGCAGUGGUUGGGAUAAUCAUCCUUUAAGAACAGAAAGUAACAUGACUCCUAACCAGCUGUGGGUACUGGGUCGUGCACGUCAUCCCAUUCCCGAACAAGAGAACAUGGAGGGCAUGGAGAUUCCACAUAUUGAGUGGGAGGAGAGUGGACUUCCUCAUCAGGACCAUUCAGACGUCGUUGUGCCAAACAUCAACUGCCCACUGACAGAUGAACAAAUGGCAGCUUUAAGAAGUGCAGUUGACCCAAGAGCUGAAUCAGACUCCUUUGGCUCUGAUGUUUACAUUGCAGCUGUUCAGUUUUGUGAACAUUUUUUUCCACAAUAAAGGAAAAAAAAUCUGUUAAGAGGCCA